GCCAUAAUGGUACUCAGUGCACUCGUUGGGUGGAGUAAGAUAGUGGAGUGUAAUAAUGGUAGUCAGGGUCAGGCCGCUCAUGGCACUAGUAGGUGCACUGGUGGCAAAGGUGGCAGUGGUACGUGCAAGUAUCUAGAGGAUGUAGAGCGGAAGGAUAGCUCUUGUGACAAGUGUGGGUGUAUUAAGGGAGGCAGUAGUAGUCACCUGGGCAGGGGGUGUACAAGGUGUAGUGGUGGUAGUAGUACGCAUAGGUGUAGCUGUAGUGGUGAUGGAUGUACUGCUGAGAGUUGUAAAUGCGCUUUAGCAGGCAAAUGCUGCAAGUGUUGUUGUAAGGGUGAGUGUGGGAAGUGUAGUGAUAAGUGUAGUUGUAUGAAGGACGACAGCUAUCACUGUCGUAUAUACCAUGACAGUUAUCAGUCAGCAUAUGGAGAAAUGUCGUUCAUAUCAAUAUACGAUAGCUCAGAUUAUCGUAUAAGACCCGUAUGGUCGGAUCUAAAGGAGAGAGGUAAUGGUAAUACCCCCUCCCACCGCCGUCACCAAUGUGCCCGUAUUUUCCUAGGGUCAGUAUGUCUCAUCUGGAGUGGCAUUACCUAUAUGCAUUGGACAGGCAAAUGGGACGUUACUAGUCCAUACUGGAAUAACCACAUCCUCGACGGUAGUGGUCUAGAUGACGGCACACUAUCCCAAUGGCUACAGGCCCUAGGGUUUCCUAAGGCAAUGUUGAAUGACAAGGGACCGGAGAAUAGACUCGAUAAGGUGAUUAACAUUGACUUUGUACAAAAGUUCUAUUUGGGAUUCGCAGAUACUAGUAGCAAUAAAGGCCAUGGCAAGGACAAGGAUGAUAAUACAUUUAGGAAUCCAGCUGGGUUUAACUUUGGUGGUUUCAUUCACGCUAUAAAUAAAGGUGCAUUUGGCGGUAGUGUCUUUCAGGGCAAUGGUACUGACCCGAAGAUUGACCAGAACAAGCUCGGUCCCCUCUUCAAGCUCUACAUUCUAUCAUGUGCCUACUUUACUGGAUUACAAAAGAAGAGUACGAAAGAGAUCACCAACACUAAAAAUCCCAAGACAAUCCGUGAGAUCCUAUACUGGCUAAGUGCAUUGCCCUAUAGUCAGGCAUACCCAGAGAUAUUGAAGCAUGGUAAGGAUAGACUCGAAAAGGUACUCAAGAAACCCGAAGAAAAUAGCAAUGAGACACCAACACUCGCCUUUCUCCAAGAAAAACGCCCUCAUCCCAUUACAGUUCAUGAAUACAACCUGUUUGCCCACUUCCAGGCAGUGACCCAGUACUGCCCACUGGUACUCAUAGGUAUUCAAGGAGGAUUACACAGCACUACUGGCACCAAGGAACCACCUAUCCACUCCUUAUAUGCCAACACUGAGUGUGGAUUUACCUAUCCCACUGUGUCCAUCCAAGCAUACAACCAGGUGGUACACUACAUUAGGGCUUUGUUCUACCAGUUGUACUUCCUUAGGAAGCAAUGUGCAGUGAAAGUUACUUGUGGAGGUAAAUGGCGUGAGUGUAGGUAUGGUAGUGGAGUGCUUGGAAAGGGUGUAGUUAGCUGGAUGUGCCUGGGGUGUAACCCCAUGGAACAUGAUAGGCAUUAUAGGGUGGGUAAGGUAAAGGAGGAGUUGGGAAAGGUGGUAGCAAAGGGGGGCGCAAAGGAUAUUCCGGGGGCACUAAAGGAAGUAUUAGAGAAGAUUGGUGAGGUAGUGGUACAAUUGGGUAAUGCCCAGGAGGCAUUGGAAGGGAGGAAGGGAGAGGAAAUCAAGGGGGUGCAGAAGGCACUAGGGGAGGCUAAGGCGGGACUAGAGAAGGCUAAGACGGGACUAGAGGCGGAGGUGCAGAAAGUGAAUAAGGGUGGGCUGAAUGGAAAACUAGGGGCGGCUAAAAAUAAACUAGAGGAGCUGACGAGGAAUGGUAGAAGUAAUGGGAAACUAGGGGAGGUAGAAGGUGCACUAGGGAAGGCAACGAAUGGUGAAGAGAACAAACGGGACUACAGUAGUGCCAAGGACAAGUUAAGUGAGGCUAUUAAAGGUGUACGUGAUGCAUUGGAGGCAUUGAAGAAAGAACUAGAAAAUGAGAGCUCAAAGCUAUAUGGCUACAUACCCUAUUGGAUCACGCAAAAAUUUAUUCAAGCCAUAGAGCAGAUGAAGGAUAUAUGCAACUCUCCCAAGUGCUCUGGAUGUACACAACACUCCACAAAGUGUGGCAAAAAGGGGAAUCCUACCAUGUGUUCUCAGUGUGGCAAUAUGACUACCACUGGUGUCCCCUCCCCCCUCCAGGCAUUCCUAGAGGACAGGUUGCCCGGGUUUAGUUGUAAUGCAGUACCAGACAACGAAACGCCAGAGUACCCAUCCGCUGCAUCCCACUUGGGACACUGUGGUGGUUCAGGCCAGUGCUGCCCAUUGCCAAUGGGAUUUAGAAAUCAAUUCUAUAGUGGCGGCAUCAGUGAUAUGACUGGGUAACGUCAUCACCUUCAU